AUGCUACGAUCAGAUUUCUUGGCAAUCGAAGAAGUAGGAGGUGAGAGUCGGUUUGUUCAUUACAGAGUUGAUGUAGUGUUUGUUGGCCAUGUCCGUGCAUAUGAAAGACCAUAUAGAAUCUCAAAUAUACACUACAACGUAACAAGUGGUUACCAGUACUUCAUACCAGACAAGUCGGCUCCUGUCUACAUAACUGUUGGAGAUGGAGGGAACCAAGAAGGUCUUGCUGGAAGGUUUAGAGAUCCACAACCAGAAUAUUCUGCAUUCCGAGAAGCGAGCUAUGGGCAUUCGACACUGGAGAUUCAUAACCGGACACAUACACUUUACCACUGGAACCGCAAUGAUGACGGGAAGAAAAUGGCAACUGACGCAUUUGUAUUGCAUAACCAGUACUGGUGA